AAUUGUGCGGAAAAGAGAGUUUCGGAUGAUGGUGCAGCCAUUUAUAGGACGGGAUACUUUUUGCGCGAACUUUUUUGGACAAUGGUGGAAAGAGAGAGGAAUGAAGGAAGAGAGAGCGUCAUCAUGGAGGCGGAUGACAUCGCAAGCGACGGGUGGAACACGGAGGAGUUCGCGGCGCUCUGCUCCUCAAAAGGAAGCAGCGAUCGAUCUCCUUAGACACCGUCGGAAACUUCAUUUCCAGAUUGACCUGUUGUUUGUCCAGUAGAUCCUUUGGAUGCAGGGACGGCUUCAUCCGAACGCAAUAAUUUUGGCUCUGACUGUUUAUGUAAUUAACAGUAAAAUCUAAUGGGCGGUGCUAGAAUCUCGAACUUGGAUCAGCCUCUGUGUCUGUGUGGGUGCCGUGACAGGGCACGCGGCGUUUAAUCCGUGUCUGCGUUUUCUGAAUCGGCUGGUUAUUUUUCAGGUGUCAUUACAACUUGUUUAUGUGGCAAUCGCUACUGGUGUAGCAGCAUUUCUUCAGGUGGCUUGUUGGACGAUCACUGCUGAGAGACAAGCUGCUCGACUAAGGGUGUUGUAUUUUAGAAGUAUUCUUCGACAAGAUGUUACUUUCUUCGAUAAGGAAGUAAAUACAGGGGAAGUUAUGGGGAAAAUGUCUGGUGACAUUUUUAUCAUACAAGAUGCUAUUGGCGAGAAGGUGGGGAGGUUCAUAAGGUACAUGGCAUUGUUUAUAGGAGGAUUUGUUAUUGCCUUCAUCAGGGGGUGGCUUCUAGCACUUGUUAUGGUUUCAACCAUUGUACCACUGGCAAUAGUUGUUGGUGUCAUGUUCCUCUUCAUGUCUAAAAAGGCUUCCGAUUCACAAAGAGCUUAUUCUAAAGCAGCCAAUGUAGUUGAGCAAACAAUUGCGUCCAUCAGAACAGUGGCAUCAUUCACAGGUGAAAAGCAGGCUGUCGAGAAGUAUAACAAGUUCCUACAAAAGGCGUACAGAUCUGGUGUACAUGAAGGACUUGCAAGUGGGUUAGGCUUGGGAUCAGUCCUUUUUAUUCUUUUCAGCAAUUAUGCUUUGGCUUUCUGGUAUGGUGGAAAGAUGAUCUUGGAGAAAGGUUACACAGGAGGUGCGGUGCUGAAUGUAACUCUAGCUGUGUUAACUGCUUCAACGUCAAUAGGUGAGGCAUCUCCUUGCUUAGCUGCAUUUACAGCAGGCCAAGCUGCUGCUUUCAAGAUGUUUGAAACAAUAAACAGAAAUCCAGAGAUUGAUGCGUACAACAAUAGUGGGAAGAUUUUGGAUGACAUCCGUGGUGAUAUAGAGAUAAAAGAUGUCUAUUUUAGCUAUCCGAGUCGACCAACAGAGAGAGUACUCAAUGAGUUUUCGCUGUUAAUCCCUAGUGGAAAAUCUGCUGCUUUGGUUGGAGAAAGCGGAAGCGGGAAAUCCACAGUGAUUAGUUUGAUUGAGAGAUUCUAUGAUCCACAAUUAGGUGAAAUUCUUAUAGACGGAGUUAAUCUCAAAGAGUUCCAAAUUAGGUGGAUUAGACAAAAAAUUGCUCUAGUAAGUCAAGAACCUACUUUGUUUUCAACUAGCAUCAAGGAAAAUGUUGCAUAUGGUAAAGAUGGAGCCACCAAGGAAGAAAUUGAAGUAGCAAUUGAGAUAGCUAAUGCAACCAAAUUUAUCAAAAGCCUACCCCAGGGAAUAGAAACUAUGGUCGGUGAACGUGGAACUCAACUUUCUGGUGGACAAAAACAGAGAAUUGCUAUAGCUAGGGCAAUUUUAAAAGACCCUCGCAUUUUACUUCUAGACGAGGCAACAAGCGCUCUAGAUGCCGAAUCAGAGGGUGCUGUACAAGAAGCACUUGACAAAAUUAUGGUUGCUAGAACAACCUUGAUAGUUGCACAUCGUCUCAGUACAGUGAGGAACGCAGAUAAUAUUGCUGUCAUUCAUCAAGGCAAAAUUGUUGAGAAAGGCAAACACUUUGAGCUAUUGAAAAAUCCUGAGGGAGCAUACUCUCGACUUAUUCACUUCCAAGAAGUAAAUCAAGCAAAAGAGCAAAUAUGCCUCAAUGAUUCACGACAUCUUUCCAAGGAGUCAAGACCAGAAUCCAGAAACAAUUAUGGUACUCCAGCAAUUGAUGACAUUCCUGAAACUAGAUUAGCAAGAGCAACAGAUACGAAAUUAAAAGUAUCUAAAAAGCUCGAAAAAGAUCCAGUUGCUCGUCUUGCAUAUCUCAAUAAGCCUGAGUUUCCUAUUUUAUUUGUGGGAGCUGUAAUUGCAUCAGUUUCUGGUUCCGUCCUCCCCAUUUUUGGAUUAUUGUUAUCAAACAUGAUUAAAUCAUUUUAUGAGCCACCAGAGGAACUAAAGAAAGAUACACAAUUUUGGGCACUCAUGAUCGUGGUUAUUGCAACAACGUUACUGAUUUCAUCUCCAUUAGCGACACUAUCUUUUACCGUGGCUGGUUGUAAGUUAAUCCAACGUAUUAGAUCGAUGUGCUUUCAAAAGGUUGUCCACACGGAAAUUGGUUGGUUCGAUGAGCCACAGAACUCAGUCGGAGUGAUAGCCACAAAGCUUUCUGCUGAUGCUGCUAUUGUUCGAGCUCUCGUGGGGGAUAUAUUGGAAAAAAUAACUAAAGAUCUCGCGGCUGCAAUUGUUGGGGCAGUAAUUGCUUUUCGAGCAAGUUGGUUAUUGUCACUUAUUAUCUUUUCCAUGCUGCCAUUUAUGGUGGCCAAUAUUUAUGUUCAAAACAAGUUCGCUAAAGGAUUUGGUGCUGAUGCAAAGAAGUUGUAUGUGCAAGCAAGUCAAAUAGCCAAUGAUGCAGUUGGAAAUAUAAGAACAGUUGCUUCUUUUUGUGCAGAAGAGAAGGUUAUGGAAUUAUAUAAAAAGGAAAGUGAUGGCCCAAUGAAGGCCAGGGCAGGAGAAGGUUUGAUUAGUGGAAUUAGUUAUGCAAUUACAUCGUCGUUAAUAUUCUUUGUCUACUCAGCAAGUAGUUACGCUGGAGCUCGACUUGUACAGGAUGGAAAAAUUACAUUUUCUGAUCAUUUCCGCGUUUUCCUUGCUGUGUUUUUGAUAGCUAUGGUUAUUUCUCAGUCAAGCUUCUUUGCUAAUGAUUUACAAAAAUCUAUGAGUGCAGCCACUUCAAUAUUUGAUAUAUUAGACAGAAAUUCGAAGAUAGACUCAAGUAAUGAGGAUGGUUUGACAUUAGUCCAUAUCAAAGGAGUAGUACAGUUUAAAGAAGUAUGCUUUACAUAUCCAACAAGGCCAAACAUCCUUGUUCUUCGUUGCUUCAGCCUGACAAUUUCGAGUGGGCAGACAAUUGCUUUAGUCGGAGAAAGUGGCUGCGGGAAGUCGACAGUGAUCUCACUCUUACAACGAUAUUAUGAUUUUGAUUCGGGUCGAAUUAUGUUAGAUGGGAUUGACAUUACAAAUUUCAACUUGAAAUGGCUGAGGCAUCAAAUGGGGCUUGUGAGCCAAGAACCAGUUCUGUUCAAUGAUACAAUCCGAGCCAACAUCAUGUAUGGGAAGGAAGGAGAUCCAACUGAAGGUGAACUAGUAACUGCAGCAAAAUUAGCAAAUGCUCACAAGUUCAUUUGUGGCUUACAGCAGGGGUACGAUACCAUAGUUGGGGAGCGAGGUGUUCAGCUUUCGGGUGGUCAGAAACAAAGAGUUGCCAUUGCACGAGCUAUUGUGAAAAAUCCCAAAAUAUUAUUACUGGAUGAAGCUACUAGUGCGCUUGAUGCAGAAUCUGAAAGGAUUGUCCAAAUGGCAUUAGACCAAAUCAUGGUAACUCGAACUACGAUUAUAGUAGCGCACAGAUUAUCAACAAUUAAGGGAGCAGACUUAGUUUGUGUGAUGAAUAAUGGGGCCAUUAUAGAAGAAGGAAGCCAUGAAACUCUUGUCAGUAACGAAAAUGGCCACUAUUCCUCUCUCUUCAAACUUCAUAUGGGAUCUAUCUCCUAACUCUUAUUUUGGCUAUAAACGUCAUACAUGCUUUUUUUUAACAAGAAACUAGGAAAUUAUCAGAAGUUAUAUGUUACUGGCAGUUGCAUAGCAAAUAGUAGUGCUUUGGCUGCUGCUGCUGAAGCUUAUAUGUUAAAGGCUACAAUUCUAGUAAUGCUUCUGCUGCUGCAGCAUUCAAACAACAGCUUUACUAAAUUGACUGAGCUCAGUGGAGUUUUCUAUUAAAUUUGUAAAACUAAUUAUUUUUGAAAAAUAAUUUUCCCUGUCUA